ACAACAUGGCGACCGCCGGGGAGAAGAGUAGCGGUGGCGGUAAGCGAGGCUUCAAGAGGAAAGCCGCCGCUGAAGAGCCUCAGGAGGCUGCGGUCGCGAGCGAUGGGGCGGCGGAGAGCGGGGUGCGGCCCCCGAAAGCGGCUGCCUUCCCUCCGGGCUUCAGUAUCUCGGAGAUUAAGAACAAACAGCGGCGACACUUGAUGUUCACGCGGUGGAAACAGCAGCAGCGGAAGGAAAAGUUGGCUGCUAAGAAAAAACUGAAAAAAGAGAGAGAAGCUCUUGGUGAUAAAGCUCCACCAAAGCCUGUACCCAAGACCAUCGACAAUCAACGAGUCUACGAUGAAACCACAGUAGACCCCAAUGAUGAAGAGGUGGCUUAUGAUGAAGCUACAGAUGAAUUUGCGUCUUACUUCAACAGACAGACAUCUCCUAAGAUUCUCAUUACCACCUCUGAUAGACCUCAUGGGAGAACAGUGCGCCUCUGUGAGCAGCUCUCAACAGUCAUACCAGAUUCACAUGUUUAUUACAGACGAGGACUGGCUCUGAAAAAAAUUAUCCCACAGUGCAUUGCAAGAGAUUUCACAGACCUGAUCGUCAUUAAUGAAGAUCGUAAAACACCAAAUGGACUUAUUUUGAGUCAUUUGCCAAAUGGUCCAACUGCCCAUUUUAAAAUGAGUAGUGUUCGUCUUCGUAAAGAAAUUAAGAGACGAGGCAAAGACCCCACAGAACAUGUACCGGAGAUAAUUCUGAAUAAUUUUACAACACGGCUAGGUCAUUCUAUUGGACGUAUGUUUGCUUCUCUCUUUCCUCAUAAUCCUCAGUUUAUCGGAAGGCAGGUUGCCACGUUCCACAAUCAGCGGGAUUACAUCUUCUUCAGGUUUCACAGAUACAUAUUCAAGAGUGAAAAGAAAGUGGGAAUUCAGGAACUUGGACCACGUUUUACCUUAAAAUUACGAUCUCUUCAGAAGGGAACCUUUGAUUCUAAAUACGGAGAGUAUGAAUGGGUCCAUAAGCCACGGGAAAUGGAUACUAGUCGAAGAAAAUUCCAUUUAUAAAGUACUACAAGAGUACUAUUGAAUUUUCCUGGACAAGCCUGUCUUGAAAAACUUGGUAAUUUAACAAAACACCCUUUUCAAAGUGGAAUUUAUUGAUUUUAUAAAUAUUAUAUUUGAACAAAUGAUUGACUGCUGUGAUGUUCCGCUCCAUAUAGUAAAAAUAAAUGAAUGUGAUUUUGGUAA